CCCUUUUCAACCUUUGACGCUGUAGCUUGAGAGCGAGCUUAGUGCCUACCAUAUUCUCCUCCUGAGCGACUGAGCGCUGGUCUCCGAUAGGCUCGCCAUGCAGGUGCUCUGCGACGUCUGCGGCGGCGCGCCGGCCGCCGUGCUCUUCUGCACUGACGAGGCCGCGCUCUGCUCCGCCUGCGACCGCCGCGUCCACCGCGCCGACAAGCGCCGCCGCAUCCCGCUCGUCCAGCCCUGCGGCGACGACUCCGCCGCCGCCGCCGCCGCGCCGCUCUGCGACGUCUGCAAGGAGCGGAGGGGCCUCGUGUUCUGCGUGGAGGACCGCGCCAUCCUGUGCCCCGACUGCGACGACCCCAUCCACAGCGCCAACGACCUCACCGCCAAGCACACCCGCUUCCUCCUCGUCGGGGCCAAGCUCUCCGCCGCGCUCGUCGACCAGGCGCCCCCCUCCCCUGACGACGACGACGACGACGUCGCCGAGCCCGACGCUGUCCCCGCCGCCUGCGCGGCCAAGGCCUCGUCUCUUGAGUCCGGCGGCGGCAGCAGCAUCUCCGACUACCUCACCAACAUCUGCCCGGGCUGGCGCGUCGACGAUCUUCUCUUGGACGACUCGUCGUUCUCAGCGCCAUCUAAGACCGGCUACAGCGACGGCCACGAUCAGGUGCCGUCCGUGGAUGCCGACCUCUUCGACGUGGUGGCCAGCGGCCGGCCAGGCAAGCGCGUCGGCGGCGCAGCGCUGGGCUUCGACAAGGCCCCGGCCUCCGUUGUGGUCGUCCCGACGCAGGGGUGCGUGACGGAGAGGACUUGGAACAGCGACAGCGACGUGUUCGCGGUGCCGGAGCUCCCGCAGCCGCCGCCGGCCAAGAAGGCGCGGCCGGCGCCGGCGCCAACUUUCUGGUGCUUCUGAGCUGUACUGUAUCAGUCCGGCCCGGCCGGACAGUGUGUGUACUUGUCGUGACUUCUGUGACCGCUGUGUGUGAGCUUGCUUACAUAAUACUCACCGCUAGUGGUUAGCAGUGCUCAAUCCCAAUUAAUUAGGUUUGCUGUGUCGUGUAUCACUCACAGAUCAUGAGGUGGCAAAAAAAAGCUUCGAAUUACCGAUCUCA